GCCCUCUAGCGGAAAAGUAGAAUAACUCGAGUAGCAGACGCCAUGUUUUGAAGAGAACGGAAAGUUAUUUUCAUUUAAAACCCUUUUGUUAUAUUUUUCACCAUUUUGAUUCGGUUAAAAUUUCAAAAAUUAUCGAAGAAUAUAUGUGGCUUUGCAAAACUAUGUAAAUAUUUUAGCCAGAAACUUGUUGGUAGACUGAAGGCCGUACAUUGACAUGAGUGAUUCCCGAGAAUCAGAAAGAGGAUCCUCCGGUAAACCAAGGGGUCCCGAGAAGUCCUCCAGUGGAGGUCCAUACAGGGGACAAGGCAGACCGUCUUCAGGAAAACCUCGGCCUGACUCCUCAAGGCGUUAUGAUGACAGACCCCAGAAAUCUCCCUACAAAACCUCAUCUUCAUCACCUUCUAAGGGAAACAGUUCAGGCUUUGACACCAAAAAAGGAGUGAGUAAAAGUCAGUCUGAUUCUGGAUACAAUGAGAGGGGAGGAAACUCCAAAAGGGGAGGCGACUCCAGUUCAGGAGGUGGUGCAAGGGGAGACAAAUGGUCUCAGAAAGGAGAGAAAGAUUCGACCAAACCUUUAGGAAAGGCUCCACCUCCUGCAGAUAAGAGUGGCAAAAAAAUCGGUAAAGAAGACAGGCCAUCAGAUGAGAAGGGAGAUAAGCGUGAGGAUAAGAAGCACUCCAAGGAGGUCAAAUCUGCUGCGGAGCUGGAGGAACAGUGGCAGAGUGAAGAUGAAAAGAAGAGGAAGGCUGAGGAGGAGGCAAAGAGGAUAGAGGAGGAGAAGAUCAGGAAGGAGGAAGAGGAACAGAGAAGGAAAGAAGAAGAACAGAAAAGGUUACUGGAAGAAGAAAUUAAAACUGUGAAGGAUUACCAACAGGAAUGUCAGGAAAGAUACGACACAAGGAGAAAAUUACGGGAAAGAAACCAAGAGGCUGCAGAAAAUCGCCCAGACGAAUCCUUCUUCAGUAGAUUGGACUCUAGCCUUAAGAAGAACACGGCUUUUGUGAAAAAACUGAAAAAUUUAACAGAAUCACAGAAGGAGAGUUUGACAAAAGACUUCAAUGGCUUGAACUUGAACAAGUACAUAGGAGAGGCAGCCGCAGCCAUUACAGAGGCGAAGCUGAAGAUGUCGGACAUAGCCUGUGGGGUCCACAUCUGUUGUCUGUUCUUCCAGCGCUACUCCGACUUCUCCAACUCUCUGAUGGAAAACUGGCAGAAAUACCUACUGAGCAAGAAGGAUGAAAAGAUAACCAACCCCAGCAAGUACAGGGUGGACUUGCGCUUCUUCGCCGAGUUGCUGUCGGUGGGGCUGUUUAACCUGGGUAAGGGACUAAACGUCCUGGCUGGUCAGCUCAGCUUCCUGACCCUGGGGGACAAGGAAGAACACAACAACCUGACCAUACUGACCAGCUUCUGUAAGCACUGCGGGGACGACUACGCUGGCCUGCUGCCCAGGAAAAUCAGGUUGUUGGCUGAGAAACAUGGAGUAGUAAUCCCACGUAGCACACUGCUGCCGCCGGAGAGACAGAAGGGGUGCCGUAACUUACUGGGGGAAUACUACCAGUCCCUGUGUAAACACCUACUGAUGGACCACAAGGAGCUCAAAAACAUGGAGAGACAGAACAGACGCAUCCUACAGACCAAAGGAGAGCUAAGCGCAGAAAGGAAAGAAACCUUUGACACACUGUUACAGACGUACCAGAAGCUUCUGGCCAACACCGCAGUCUUUGCCGACCUGUUGGAUGAAGAUUUGCCCGAGUUACCCGAGGAUGAAAUCAAGCGAGAUGACGACACAGGUUUUGACAUUUUCAACCCCGAGACAAGUGCUGAGUUCCAGUACACAGGGGACAGUACUCUGUUUGAAGACGAAGAUGCCAGGUCCUUCUACGAGACUCUACCUGAUCUCAAGGCGUUCAUCCCCGGGAUAUGCUACAAGGACAGUGAACAGUCAGGAACCAAGGACGGCAGUAAGGAUGACAUCACCUCACUAGAUGAAGAUAUGGAGAGCCUACAGAUAGAGGAUGUGGAGAGAGAGAUGGAGACGGAGAAACAGAUUGCUGAAGUUGAGAGUAAAGAGGCGGAGCAGCAGGAACAGGAAGAGGUACUGGAGGAUUAUGGGAUGCUUCCAGACGCAGAUGAAGAGGAUACUGACACAGGGAGUCUAAUGAAGAUGCAGUAUGAAGCUUACAUCCAGACAUUACCUAACAGUGUCAACAAGGACCUCAUUGACAAGGCUGCGGUCGAGUUUUGUAUGAACUUCAACACUAAGAGUAACAGGAAAAAGUUGGUGAGGGCACUGUUCACGGUCCAUCGCACCAGGUAUGACCUGCUGCCAUUCUACUCACGCUUUGUGGCCACCCUGUAUCCCUGUAUGCCAGACGUGGCCAGUGAUCUGGUGCAGCUCCUUAAAGGAGACUUCAGAUGGCAUGUACGCAAGAAGGAUCAAAUCAACAUUGAGUCCAAGUUAAAAACAGUGAGAUUCAUAGGGGAACUGGUCAAGUUCAAACUGUUUCCAAAGUCUGAAGCACUUCACUGCCUUAAGAUGCUGAUGUUCGACUUUUCACAUCACAAUAUAGAGAUGGCAUGUGCUCUGUUGGACUCAUGUGGACGAUUUCUGUAUAGAUCCCAGGACUCACACCACAGGACCAAAAUCUAUCUGGACGUUAUGAUGAGGAAGAAGUCGGCCUUGCACCUGGAGAGUCGCUACACCACUAUGAUAGAGAAUGCCUUCUACUACAGCAAUCCCCCUGAGACCCAGCAGUCUGCCCAGAAGAUCCGGCCCCCCAUGCACGAGUACAUACGCAAACUGCUGUACAAGGACCUGUCCAAAGUCACCACAGAAAAGGUGCUGCGACAGAUGAGGAGACUUCCAUGGGACGAUCCAGAGAUAGCAUUCUAUGCCACCAAGUGUCUGAUUGCCGUCUGGAAUGUCCGAUACAACUCCAUUCACUGCGCUGCCAAUCUAUUGGCCGGUCUGGCCCCGUACCAUGAACACAUAGCUAUCCAGGUGGUGGACGGGGUGCUAGAAGACAUCAGGCUGGGUAUGGAGGUGAAUCACCCUAAGUACAACCAGCGGCGUGUGAGCGGAGUCAAGUACCUGGGGGAGCUGUACAAUUACCGCAUGCUGGAGUCGGCCGUCGUCUUCAAGACACUCUACUCCUUCAUCACCUUCGGCGUCGUUAUGGAUGAUAGCGGCGUCUCCCCCUUGGACCCCCCGGAGCACCUGUUCCGUAUCCGCCUGGUCUGUGUGCUGCUGGAGACCUGCGGGACCUACUUUGACAAGGGCUCCAGUAAGAAGAAGCUCGACUGCUUCCUGGCAUACUUCCAGCGUUACUACUGGUUCAAGAGGAGUAACCCUAUAUACACCGAGGCCCGCCCCUUCCCUGUGGACGUUGAGAACCUGAUGAUUGACACCAUGGAGUGUAUACGACCCAAAAUGAGGCUCCACCCGAACUACGAGGAGGCAUGCAAGGCUGUGGAGGAGCUAGAAAAUGAGUACAAACAGAAAGUUGCGUCAGUGUUGACCAUCAUAGAGACGGACCAGGAGGGCAGUGCUAGUGAGACGGAGGAGGGACUGGGCACCAUCCAGGAGGCAGAGGAAUACGGGGAGGAUCUGAGUUUGAGUGGACUGGACGAGAGUGAGACGAGUCAGGAGGAGACGAGUCAGAGUCAGAGGAGCACUGAGGACCAGGGAGAGGAGGGAGGCGAGAGCUGUAAUGAGGAAGAUGACGAGGAUGUGAUGGAGAGUGCGGGCGAGAAUGAAGAGGAUGACCAGUUGACAAUCAUGAAGGGUGGACCUAAGCACAUCAAAUGUAGUGAGGAUGAAGAUUUCAUGACGGCCUUUGAUAAAAUGAUGACCGAGAACAUUCAGGCUCGUACCAACGAAUCCUUGAAGGUGCCUCAGCUGGACAUUGCUGUACCCAUGAACCUCAAAGACAAGAGCAAGAAAACAGUGAGUGUCAAUUUGUAUCCCAUGAAAGAAGAGGAAGUGCCAAAGGAAGAGGACCGGUCUAUUGAGUUUGUUCUGAUGACCAGGCGAGGGAACAGGCAGCAUUUUACCAAUCUGAAUGUUCCAAUAUCAGAAGAAUUUGCUACCAAAUACAGAGAAAGAGAGCAGGCAGAAAAGGCAGAGAAAGAGAAGAUGAAGCAGGUGGUGCUAGGAAUCCAUGAGAGACAGGAAGAGGAGGAUUACCAAGAGAUGAUAGCGUCCUUGAAUCGUGUGAUGCCGGUGAACACUAACCGAGAGAGGAGGGUGAGGUACCAGCACCCUAAGGGCGCCCCGGACGCCGACCUCAUCUUUGGAUCCAAAAAAAGAUGAAGGAAAGAGAAAAGAGAGCCCUUCCCAAAACAGGGCAGUAGUCAGGAAGUGAAACGCCUCGACCGGAGGCCUCGGGCAAAUUCCAAAUAAACCAGCAGGGGGACUUAACUCCUACAUUAGAUUCAAUCAGAAAUUAAUGUACAAAAUCUACGAUUGAGGGCUAGAGGUGUUAUCGAGAUGAAUCGUGUUGUGGUGGGAGGGAAAUAAUCACAGAGUCUGAUUUCUGAAUGAAUGCUUGCCAUGUGUUGUGUACAAUAUUAUAGGAUUCUCGGACUGUGUGAAUGAUAAUAUAAGAAAUAUAUAAUCAUGUGUAUGUGUCUGUGUGUUACAGCUUCUCUUGUCCUCCAAAAGAUUCCUAAGGUGUAUAAUCGAAGAAAUAUUAUUUACAUGAUGAAUUUCUCUGAUUGUACUUUGGAAGAUAAAAACAAGUUUACUUUACAGUGAACUGUACAUCCUACAAGUAGCUAAAUUAAUAUGGAUUACCGGUAGUUCAUUAAUGACACACAUUUGUAUCAAAUAUGGAUGGCGGUUUUGUUGUUGAGUAUGUACGGUACAUAUUUUUCACUGCUUUGUUUUCAUUGUGUAAAUGCAAUUACGAAGAAGUUGACAUGUUUCCUUGGUGGUAGAAUUGCGUGGCAUCUGAUUUAUUGGAAAAGUUUGAAUACAUGUAUAGACUUGCUGAGCAGGUUCAAGUUAUUGGCAGAUGUAUUAGUUAUUCUGAUUUACCCACUUAAAAGGUUGUUUUUGUUGCUUCAUGAAUGGAGAGAAAAACUAUACCCUCUUCAUUAACUGUUACAAAGGGUGAAAUAAAGAAAGCUC